AUGUGCUUUUACGAUAUGCACCGAUUCGCUUGUGGCGAUUGGAAGUGGGGCAACUUCCGCCAGCACUGCGCCAAGGAGUACCGCAUGGGCGAGACGUGCGGCAUGAAGCUCGUGAACCACACCAUCCAUGUCCCGCAGAAGUGCAAGAUCUGCGAGAAGGUCGAAUGCAAGCAGAGGAAGCGGGCCGCAGAAGUGGACCGCAUCCACCGCUGGCAACGCGAGGGAAACAGGUUCCGGGCAUCCAUUGACAAAUCAGUGGAAGCGAUUGCCAACAUUGACGUCGAAAUCCGGAACUUGAACUACGAGAUGGCACGCCGACGCCAACAGAUUGGCGCUCAAGCUUGUGCCUGA